AUUGUUUGGAUAAUGGCAGGUUAUAACAGGACCCGUCUGCAACCAACCAUCUUCCUACUGCUUGGAAUUCCAGGAUUGGAGGCUGUCCACAAAUGGAUUUCCAUUCCUUUCUGCCUGGUCUACCUACUGUCACUGAUGGGAAAUGUUGCUCUUUUAUUAAUUGUCAAGACAGACCACAAACUGCAUGAACCUAUGUACAUCUUUCUCUGCAUGCUCUCGGUGGCUGAUCUGCUGCUUACUUCCUCUACACUCCCCAAGAUACUCAGUCUCUUCUGGUUCAAUGACACAGAGAUCUACUUUGAAGCCUGCCUCACACAAAUGUAUCUUAUCCAUUCUCUGUCUACUAUGGAAUCUGGGUUUAUCUUGGCCAUGGCUUUUGACAGAUAUGUAGCCAUCUGCCACCCACUGAAACAUUUCACUAUCUUAACACCUACAGUGAUUGUAGGCUUGGGUAUGUUCAUUGUCUUCAGAGGAGCUAUCCUCCUCAGUCCACACCCCUUCCUGCUGAGGUGGCUUUCCUAUUGCAAAACUAAUGUCAUCUCCCAUACUUAUUGUGAAUUUAUGGCCCUAAUAAAGCUGAUUUGCACUGAGACCAAAAUUCAGAGAGCCUACAGCCUAACUGUGGCAUUCCUGACAGGAGGAUUAGAUUUCAUAUUAAUCAUCUGUUCCUAUGCCCUUAUUCUCUUCACUGUCUUUAAUCUUCCAUCCAAAGCUGCUCGCCUGAAGACUUUAAGUACCUGUGUCUCCCAUGUAUGGGUCAUCUUGGUAUCUUACACACCAGCCUUUUUCUCUUUUCUCACUCAUAGAUUUGGUCACCACAUUGCUCCAUAUAUCCACAUUUUUAUUGCCAAUAUAUACCUUCUCAUUCCACCUAUGAUGAAUCCUAUUAUUUAUGGUAUUAAAACCAAAAGGAUCAGGGAGGGAUUCUUUAAAUUGUUAGCAGUCAAAUGUGUUUGA